UCCAUCUUGGCAUCCUUUCCCCAGCCGUCUCAUGACACCAUCGUCAUGCACUCUCAUCACUCUCAUUCCGCAGCUUUUUGCUCUCAUGCACAUCCAGGGUCAUCACCUCAGAUCAUGCUCGAGCGAGCGACAGAGCUAGGCUUCCAUACAUAUGGCCUUUCAGAGCAUGUGCCCCGCCAAUUCGAGUCAGAGCUCUACCCAGAGGAGCGCGAGGAGGGAAGCACGCCGGCCAAGUUGCUGGCAAAGUGGCAGGCAUAUCUCGUCGAGGCGCGACGAAUGCAGAACGAGUACCGCACCAAAGCAAAGGGAAAGGAGAGAGCGGUGCCAAACGUCCUCGUAGGCGCAGAGACGGAGAACCUCUGUCCUAGCACAUUGGCUUGGCUCAAGGCAGAGGUCUUGCGUACCCCGGGAGAGGAGCAAAGGGCUGCCGCGGUAGGCAAGGGAGUCGUCGACUAUCUCGUCGGCAGCGUCCAUCACGCUGGAGGCUUCGCUUCCCCAUGUCGGCCUGCGAGAGACGCGGGCAUCCCCAUCGACUUCGAUGCUGCGACGUUCAACGAUGCUCUGGACCACUUUGGCGGGCAGUCAGAAGAGGCCCAUCUACAGCUCUGCCUAGCCUAUCUUGACGCUCAGUACAGCCUCAUCAACGAGUUGCGGCCAGAGGUCAUCGGUCACUUCGACCUCUGUCGCCUCUUUCGUCCACAGACCGAGCUCCUCAAGAUGGGCGCAGCGGCGAAUUCACUCCAGCUUGAGGUCUCGCAAGCCUGUACUCGGAACAUCAGUCUGGCUGCAAGCUAUGGCGCCUUGUUUGAGAUUAACAGUGCCUCUUGUCGCAAGGGCUGGGCGACGCCGUAUCCAGCUGCAGAUGUGUUGAGGGAGAUCCUGCGACUGGGUGGACGGGUCUGCCUCUCGGAUGAUGCGCAUGGUCCUACGCACGUUGCCAUCUCUUAUGAUCAGUCGAGGCGGUACUUGAUGGAGAUGAGAGUGGAGACACUGUGGCAUCUCGAGCUGGACGAGGAGCGCAAUCAGGAAGAGGCUGGGUUGUUAGAAGACGAGUCAAUGCGAAGGGCCCGGGAGGCCAGCGAGAAGCCUGGCGAGGGGGCUCCUGUGCGAUUCCUUAGAGGGACGAGGGCAAAAGGAGUCACUGGCUGGGCAGACGAUCCAUUCUGGGCCAGACUGAGCGCGCUGAGGGAGCAAGGGCCGUAGCUUUCGGAUCUGAUUAGAUGAAUGUCAAGGAAUGCAAGGGAUGAAAGCAAGUCACGACGAUACCGGAGUGGUGUAGCGGCGCUGCAGGCCGCAUGGGACGUGUGUGCUCGCUCGCAACGACGUCGGCCAAGCACACGACAUGCUCUGGCCUCACCAGUCGUACAUGGCACGGCCCGCUCGCAAAGUGAGAGGCAUGCUCCUCGUGACUUGUCGCGAAACAAGGACGCGCACGCGCUACUGUACGCCACCCUCUCUUCUGCUCUCGAUCG